AUGAGAUCCACACUUGCCUGUCAAUGGUGUCGGAGUGCCAAAGUCAAAUGCCAUCACAACGGCUCGCCACCUUGUCAAUCCUGCACGGUACAUGCCGGCCGGGAAUGUGUUUUGAGCAUGCCAGGGCAUCGAUCGAGACGGAGUCAUCCUUCCGUCCAGGCUAGGAAACGCACUGGGAAAGUCUCCUCCAGCCACCGGCCCGCGCCUCUACAAGAUCAGGGACCUCAAAGAGGCCUUCUUGGCACCCCCCCAGUGGUUUUAGACCGUCCAGCAGCAGGAAACCUGGGCAAGCCUGGCCCUCUCUUUGAAGGAGAGCCUAGCGAUCAGCAUUCCUUGGCAGGCCUGGACAAAAAACUUUUAGAACAUGCCUUUUAUACUUUUAUGCGACAGUUUCCCGAAUUCUCUAUCUUCCACCAGCCUAGCUUCCUUACCAGCCUUGACCAACAGCGUGUACCUGCUUUACUACUUUGCGCUAUUCUCGCCCUAACCGCUCGGUUCAUCCCCAAGUUAGCCACCCAGCAUGGUAGUCCCGCGAAGGCCUCUGAGUACUUCGCAAACCAUGUGCGCCAAGAUGUCAUGAGCCAUGCUGUGGAAGCCAGGGACAUCUCUUCUUGUCAGGCACUGGUAAUGCUGUGCUUGUAUGACUGGGGCGAGGGCUAUGGCUCGCGUGCGUGGGUAUACAAUGGAAUGGCUUCUCGCAUUGCACAUGGAAUCCACGCAAGAGCUCAACGUCUUGCUGAGCAGAGUAGUUCAACUGCCCUGAAAUCACAGCUGGAGGAAGCGCGCCGAACCGUUUGGGCUUGCUUCCUCGUCGACGCGAUGAUCGGAUGUGGGAAGUGCCAGGCCUCCAAUCACGCAAUGAGCGUCCGUGGUAUUCCUUUACCGUCGGGUGAAGACGACUUCACGUUCGAGAACCAUCCGACGUCCAAUGAAAUAUUCUUGGACUUGUGGGACCCCGAGAUGGAAGAGUAUCAUCCGCUCCCACCAGCCCAUCGACAAGAGAAGAUGGGGUGUGACCGCUCACUGGCGUUGAUACUCCGGGGCUUUUACAUAUGGCAUACAAUCUCCGCCUGGGCGUCUUCGGGGGGCAGCAGGCGCGAGGCGGCCGCAUCCCGCGAGCCACCCUGGCGAGAAUGCUCCUUCUGGGCGCGCAGCCUGGCAGCCCUGGAAGACUGGCGGGGCUCGCAGCGUCUGCAGUUACACUAUUCCGCGUCGAGCAUGAACCUGCGUGUCUACAUCUCCCGCGGUGAGGGCGAGCGCUACGCCGUGAUCAACCUCAUCUACUAUCUCAGUAUCAUCUUUCUCCAUCGUGAAUACCUUCAGUAUGCGCCGCCGUAUAUCCUCAGUCGCUCUAGCCAUACCGAUAUCAUCGACUCCACUCCACUUCCACUCGGGGGCGCACCAAACGGGUGGUGGGAACAGAGCCGCCAGGCCCUGCUUGACUCCUCUUCCAACAUCAUCCAGAUCAUGCAAGAGCUCGAUGAGCGAGGCGUGGUGUUGCAAACCCCAUUCUCCUGCUUCUGCGUCUUCAGCGCUGCCACCUGUCUUCUCCAGGCCUCCCACGACGCAGCCCGCAAGCCAAUCACAGCGGAGAGGUCGUCAUCGCCGACGUCGCCCGUUCCAUUGCCUUCAUCCCCAAUCACCUGGGCUUCUGCAUGGCUCGCCCGUGCCUGCAAAGUCUGGAAACUCGCCUGCGGCUGGUACAGAACCCUACAGACCCUAAUUAACCUCUAUACCACCCAGGUUCGCAUCGACUCGACGGAUGCCAUCUCCGCACAGGAUGACCUCACUCCAACCUUGGAAGAGAACAUAAAACGUCUCGGCGGCUUGGAGAACGUGACGGAAUCGGGCGAUGCCCCGAUCGCAAACAUCCUUCUCCUGCUGCAGCGGCAGCAGAAGCUGAAGCAGUCUCACGGGGCGCUGGCAAGCAGACAGCACGAGGCGGAGACGAUGCAUCCCCCAAGUGCGAUCACGCCGCCAGCGACCGCGCAGCAUUGGACCGGAUCACACCCGCCCAUCCUAUCAGAUGAUCUGCGGUUGGAUGUCGGCGUGGAACCUCCGCUGCCCUUUCCCGCUUUUUCUUUGGAUCCGGACUUAUUUAAUAGCAUCCUGACAGACUCAACGGGGGACUCGCUGCGCUUUUUCCCUGAUCUUGGGUCAUCGUUGGGAUGAAUGACGCUCAGGCAUAUACCAGAAAUGAUGGAUUGCAAUUGCCGGGGUGGGAACUCCUUGUUCGCUUGCUUUGCAGCGAAAAGACGUC